AGGCAUCGGUAUGGACAGUUGCUCCUUCCUGCAACUUUUCACUGGGGAUUUUAAACCUUCUACUUCGCGUUUUGUCACAGUUAUGAACUCAAUUUGAGCCUAAACUGAGGUAAACAGGUUGUUUAAAAUAUUUUAUUUUCUUCUUAGUUCGAGUUGUUUAAAGCAAAAAAAGGAAAAUGCCAGUCGCAACUCUUCUACCUUUCACCGCUCCGCCGAAUAGGAAGUCCGCCAGCCCGACUUCUUUCAGGCUGACAGAGAAAUUUAUUCUGCUCCUGGUGUUCAGCGCCUUUAUCACUCUGUGUUUCGGGGCUAUCUUUUUCCUGCCGGACUCAUCGAAGCUGCUCAGCGGAGUUUUCUUCCGUUCCACCGCGGUGGAGACCAACACCCGCACCGGUCCGGAGAGCAGCUACUCCGGCUCGGCUGGAAGCGACGACAGGGUCCUGGCUAAGAUCAAGAAAGACCACGAAAAGGCGCUGCUGGAGGCCAAGGACACUCUCCAGAAGCGACCCGAGGAGAUAGAGCGGGACAUACUGAACGACAAGAGGAAAGUUAACGUUGCGGGUCAGGCUGGGAACGAUGUGAAUAAAAUCCCCAUCAUUGAGUACCACCGUCCGCCCGGAGCCACUGGGCACGAACCGCUGGACCCCGAAACUAAGGAGAGACGGGCUAAAAUCAAAGAGAUGAUGAAGCACGCCUGGGACAGCUACCAGCGCUACGCCUGGGGUUCCAAUGAGCUCCGGCCCGUCUCCAAGCAGGGCCACUCCAGCAAUCUAUUCGGGAGUAUAAAAGGUGCAACAAUAGUGGACGCUCUGGACACCCUCUAUGUCAUGGAGAUGUUUGAAGAGUUUGAUGCUGCUACAGAAUGGGUAGAGAAAAACCUGGACUUCAAUGUGAAUGCAGAGGUGUCUGUGUUUGAGGUGAACAUCAGGUUUGUGGGAGGCCUGCUGUCUGCCUACUACCUGUCUGGGAAAGAGGUGUUCCGUAAGAAGGCGAUAGAGUUGGGUGAAAAGCUGCUGCCAGCCUUCAAAACGCCCACAGGCAUCCCCUGGGCUCUGCUCAACCUCAAGAGCGGCGUUGGUAGAAACUGGCCAUGGGCUUCGGGCGGGAGCAGCAUCCUGGCAGAGUACGGCACCCUUCAUCUGGAGUUCAUGCACCUCAGCAAGCUCUCAGGAAAUCCAGAGUUUGCACAAAAGGUGAUGAACAUCAGAAAAGUGCUGAAUCGUCUGGACAAACCACAGGGACUUUACCCUAACUACCUGAACCCAAACAGCGGCCAGUGGGGCCAACAUCACGUGUCGGUGGGUGGCCUCGGCGACAGUUUCUAUGAGUAUCUGCUAAAAGCCUGGAUUAUGUCCGACAAAACUGACGAGGAAGGAAAGAAGAUGUACUAUGACGCCCUCCAGGCCAUAGAAACCAAUCUGAUGAGGAAGUCGACCAACGGGCUGACCUACAUAGCGGAGUGGAAAGGAGGGCUGCUGGAGCACAAGAUGGGCCACCUGACGUGUUUCGCCGGCGGUAUGAUCGCUCUGGGCGCAGACGGGGCCCCCGACGACAAGACGGGCCACCAGAUGGAGCAGGCGGCGGAGAUCGCUCGCACCUGCCACGAGUCGUACGCCAGGACAGCCUUGAAACUGGGUCCAGAGGCGUUCCGUUUCGACGGUGGAGUCGAGGCCAUCGCGACCCGACAGAAUGAGAAAUAUUUCAUUCUCCGCCCCGAGGUCAUCGAGACCUACAUGUACAUGUGGAGAUUUACCCACGACCCCAAAUACAGAGAGUGGGGCUGGGAGGCUGUCCAGGCCUUGGAGCAGCACUGCAGAUUAGAAGGGGGCUACAGCGGCGUCAGAGACGUCUACGCCAAGACGCCAAGCCACGACGACGUACAGCAGAGCUUCUACUUAGCCGAGACGCUAAAGUAUCUCUACCUGCUCUUCUCUGAUGACGACCACCUACCCUUCGAGCACUGGGUCUUCAACACCGAGGCCCACCCUCUGCCGGUCAUCAGGAAGGAGAAAAAAGACACGCACAACGAAGUGGAGUAGCAGAGGCCUCAAGACGAGUGAGAACCUGUAUAUCUGAGCCUCCUGCUGAGCCCAAAGUGGCGACAGAUUCAUCCUGAUCAGAUUUUAAUUCUUUUCUUUUUAAGGACCAGAUCUGAUUAAGUCUAGUUUUAUCUGUCGAUCCUCAUUUGAUUUAGUUUUUUUUUUAUCAAACACUGAUCUGUGGUUUUGGGAGCAGCUUAUUUAAACAGGAUAACUUGAAGGUUGAUGAAAACUUCCUGUUUGGAUUUGAAGAAGCAGAGAUAAUCAGCUGACCAUCCAAUCAGCUGUCACCUUAUUAUCAGGACCCUCCUUGUUUCGGUUUGGUUUUCUGUCAGGGUGAAACCAGGCGGCUCUGUGAGUUAAGGACGUUUGGGAACAAAAAAACCCUCGGCUCUGACUGACAGGGUGAGCUGAGACACUCGGUUACUUUUUCUAGGUUUUCAUUUGGCUGCUUCAUUGUCUGAUUAAGAACCAGUUGUGACGGAGAACCGCUGGGAUUUUCCUUUACUUUACAGAUGGGAACAUCUGUUUCUGACUGCUCUGUGCUCUGCUACCAAUCACGCCUCCAUCCUACCUCCCAGCUGUCUCACCGUUCUUCUUCUGCAGCUUUUCUUCAGUAUCUUUCACCGGCUUUUGGAUUAUUCCUUCAUCUCAGAUUUCCAUUAGUUUGACCGAUUUUUUUUUUUUUUUUUAGCAUUUACUUUCCUGUAAAAACCGAUUUAUACUUGGGUUUUCAUGAAGUCAGACUUGAAUCUUAAACUGGAUUAAAAUUGGUCUGUGGAGUAAAUCAAAUAUUUAUUUGGUUCAGAUUUUUCAGCAAAGAAAAUGUCUGCAGGAAUAAAUAGCUGUGUAUUUGUUUUAUUCAGUGUCAAAACAGGCAGGGAAAUUGAUCUAUUAUUGGGAAAUCAUAUCUAAUAUCAGCUAUCAUUACAGUUUAAAAUCAUUAGAUCAUCUUCAUGAAUAAAACCAAACCUUUAAACCCAGAAUCGUAGCUCUCACUCUGCUGCUUUAAAGUUGUAUUGACUGUAGAUUUCAACAGGAAAGUCAAACCUGAUUGGAUGGAAAACCUGGGCUUUUUGAAACCUCAAUUUUUCAUCUUUUCUUAAAAAUUGUCUGAAAUCUUCUGUAGAAAAGCCUUAAUAUGUCCAAGUUAGGCUAAGUCUAAAUACAUAAAAACAGCCUUCCUUCACCUGCAUUUUUUUAACUAACAGUGCAUGAUGCUACCACCACUGUGCCGGACAGUUGUUUGUUUUUAUUUAAACUUUUGCCAUCUCAGUCUAUCCGGACUUCUUUCCUGCGCUGUAGCCUCAUCCUCAUCGCUGAAGUUAAGCUCAGCCCAGAAGGCUUGAAGGGUUCUGGGUUGGUGCUAAAAAGUUCUGAACACCAGAGGGAGACAGUUUGGGUCAGAUGGUUGAAACUUGGACACAGUCUGGUUUCCCAACAGGAGAAUGGUCCAGAACCAGAUUCUAAACUACUUUUAGAAUGCAGACCUUUAAAGAUUGCAGUUAAACCGGUAUAUGAAUAUAUUUUGAGCCCAU